GCUUCAACGAUUCAUUCAAGGUUAAGCUUUGAACAGAACGUACACAAAUCACUUAAGUUUAUCUUCUAAACUAAAUUUUUUGAAAAAUGGCUGAUGAUGAUGUUGCUGCUCUCGUCGUAGACAAUGGAUCUGGUAUGUGCAAAGCUGGAUUUGCCGGAGAUGAUGCUCCAAGAGCUGUCUUUCCCUCAAUCGUCGGACGACCCCGUCAUCAGGGAGUCAUGGUUGGUAUGGGACAAAAAGAUUCAUAUGUUGGAGAUGAAGCUCAAAGCAAACGUGGUAUCCUUACCUUAAAAUACCCAAUCGAACACGGAAUCGUCACUAACUGGGAUGAUAUGGAGAAAAUCUGGCAUCACACUUUCUACAACGAACUUCGCGUUGCACCAGAAGAACAUCCAGUCCUUCUUACUGAAGCGCCAUUGAAUCCAAAAGCCAACAGAGAAAAAAUGACACAGAUCAUGUUUGAAACCUUUAACUCACCAGCUAUGUAUGUUGCCAUCCAAGCUGUCUUAUCCUUGUACGCUUCUGGUCGUACCACUGGUAUUGUCCUCGAUUCUGGUGAUGGUGUCUCCCACACUGUCCCAAUCUAUGAAGGUUACGCCCUUCCCCAUGCCAUCAUCCGUUUGGAUUUGGCUGGACGUGAUUUGACCGACUACAUGAUGAAAAUCUUAACCGAACGUGGUUACUCAUUCACCACCACUGCCGAACGUGAAAUCGUUCGUGACAUCAAAGAAAAACUCGCCUACGUCGCCUUGGACUUUGAACAAGAAAUGCAAACCGCUGCCAGCAGCUCAAGCUUGGAAAAGUCGUACGAAUUACCUGAUGGACAAGUCAUCACCAUUGGCAACGAACGAUUCAGAUGCCCAGAAACUCUCUUCCAACCAUCCUUCAUCGGUAUGGAAUCUGCUGGUAUUCACGAGACCACUUACAACUCCAUCAUGAAAUGUGACGUCGACAUCCGUAAAGAUUUGUACGCCAACACUGUCUUGUCUGGUGGUACGACUAUGUUCCCUGGUAUUGCUGAUCGUAUGCAGAAAGAAAUCUCUGCUCUCGCACCACCAACAAUGAAAAUCAAAAUCAUUGCUCCACCAGAGCGAAAAUACUCUGUAUGGAUUGGAGGAUCCAUCUUGGCUUCUCUCUCCACCUUCCAACAGAUGUGGAUCUCCAAACAAGAAUAUGAUGAAUCUGGUCCAUCCAUUGUCCACCGAAAAUGCUUCUAAAUUAUCACGUUAUUUUUUUACUAAUUUAUUUAUUCUCUUAGGAAUAUCUUUCAAAUUUGUCUACGUUCUGUGUAAAUCGUAUUGAAUGUAAAUACACAUAAAUGUUCUGUCAA